AUGAACGAAGGAGCACCUAUAAUGUACCAUGGAAACGGUUAUGGGGGCGCAGUCUAUAUGGUACCUGGCCAAAUUGACAGAUCACGACAAUAUCCCUUAGAAGUACUUCAAGUAUUAGGCGGUGCAGGGCGUGGUGGAGGAGAUCCUAGUCAUGGUGCUCCGCGGCGAUGGCAGGCGCGUCGCGACCGCCAGCAAAGCAAAGACUACACCGCUUUUGGCUAUGAUUCUGACGAUUCCAGCCUAUCAAGUAAUGCCUCUGGUUCCAACAAGUCCAGUGAAAAAGGUGAAAGCAGUUCCCGCUCUGAGAAUAGUACCGCGGCCUCGUCGGGAUCGGCGCCCCCUGUCCAAUUUCAGCAGAGAGAGUGGCGCGCCCGACCACGGAGAGAGCUUCGCCCCCGGAGGAUUGCACCGGAGAGAUUUCUCAAUGCUUCCUACCCAUUCCAAGUCAAAUUCACACCUGAUGAUUUACUUAAUGGGUCAAAAUGGGACACAUUAUCGCAGGAGGUUUGGGACAAAUUUAUCAUUUCCCAGCAGACAGAGGACACGUUUAGAAAGAAGAUGAAUCUGUGGCGUUAUCUUUACAUAACUAUCAAGUCUAUCUUCCCUCGCUACGGGCUUUACGUAGUGGGGUCCACGAUGUCCGGCUUCGCGCUGGACAACUCGGACAUGGAUCUAUGCCUGUACGUGCGCGCAUUGUCCCACGUGGAGCCGCGUGCUCAUGCGUUACUGCAUCUCAACUAUGUGCUGGGGUACAUUCGCAGCUUUGAUCCAGGUGCGGAACUAAUCCAAGCAAAGGUGCCCAUACUGAAGUUCCGGGACGCGCGGAAUGGGCUUCAAGUGGAUCUCAACUGCAACAAUGUGGUUGGCAUUAGGAACACAAACCUGCUCAACUGUUUUUCUAGAAUGGACUGGCGCGUGCGGCCGCUGGUGGCGGUGACGAAGCUGUGGGCGCGCGCGCACCGCAUCAACGACGCGCGCCGCCGCACGCUCUCCUCCUACGCGCUCACGCUCAUGGUCAUACACUUCCUGCAGUGCGGCACGAGCCCGGCGGUGCUGCCGCGCUCUGGCGUAGCGCUGGCGGCCGCGGGGGCGGGGGGUGCGGGGGCCGCAGCAGAGCGGCGCGCGCCCAACCGCGCCACGCUCGCCGAACUCUUUCUGCACAUGCUCAAGUACUACGCGGACUUCCCUUACGAUCAAAUGGCAGUGUCGGUGCGGAUGGGACGGCGAGUGCCGCUCGUCGAGUGCAGAGCACACGACCCACAUCAGUGGAAGCUGCUUUGUGUUGAAGAACCAUUUGACCUGACGAACACUGCACACUCUGUGUAUGACCCAGAGACGUUUGAGAAAAUAGUAAACACGUUCAAGGAGAGCUACAAGAGGCUGGCGGCGGGGCUUCGACUGGCGGACGCCUGGCCGGUGCCGGAGCGAUGA